UUUUAUCACUCCAGUGCAGUUGUUCAGGGCGCCACUGGCCCUGCCUCUGUAUCGGGGGUGUCCAGCCAGGCUGGGGACAGACACACCCCUCUCCUCUCCAGCGCAGGUCGGGGAGACGAGACUCUCGAUCAAGCUGGCCUCUGGAGGACUUUGAGCUCCUCUCUGAUCCCAGCGGGACUGCGGCCAGGCCCUGACGAGUGGGGCAGUGGCCUGGAGGCCAUGCAGGCUGCCCUGGAGCUGGAGAAGAAGGUCAACCAGGCCCUGCUGGAGCUGCACAAGCUGGCCUCCGACAAGGUGGACCCCCAUGUGAGUGUCCUGCUCCUCUCUGGGUGGGUGUGGUCAGGAGCCAGUGUCCAGUGGGCUGGGUCAGUCCUGCUCACCCCACUCCCACCCCCCAGCAGGAGGAAGACAGAAGGAAACAGAGGAAUACCUAGCGACCACGAAGGGCUUAACCUGCACUCCCUGGACUCUCUGCUGCCCCCGGUGGUCAGCGCGGCGCCGCGGUCCUGGCGGAGCACGUUCACGCACAGCAGGCCGCCCCCGCCGGCGUCCUGCUCGGCUCCCGCCUGCGCCGCCGGCUGGGUGGAUGUCAAUGCUGCUGCUUUCAUCGGAGCAGGAGAGCAGGACUUCGUCCGCCUGCAGGUGCUGUAUCAGCUGAUGACCUGA